AUGGCUCCCUCCCGGCGCGGCGUCGCCUCCGCGCUCGCAAUGGGCGUCCUGUCGUUCGCGGCAUCGCGCGCGGAGCCCGCGCUCGCGUUCGGGAGCGGCAUCCCCGGCUACGACAUCAACGAGAAAGCGCGCUCCGCGAUCCGAGACGCGAACAACAAGGAGCUGGACGAGCAAAAGCGCAUCGCGCGCGAGUUUCGCGAGGCCAAGGCGAGGGAGCGAGAGGCGGCGGCGGCGGCGGCGGCGGCGGCGUCGUCCGCGCCCGCGACGGAGGCGGGGGAAGCGCAGUGA